AUGUGUGUUCGACCGUAUCAAAGGUCGAUAAAUAAAAUGAAACCAUUGUCUUCUAUAAGGUAAUUAUAUUCAAGCAAAUCAAUAAUAAACCUUAUAUUAUUAUGUAUUGAACGGCCCUUAUUAAAACCAGAUUGAGUCUCCAAAAAAGUCUCUUGCAUUAAUGACAUGUGACGUCACAGCAAAAACUUCCUCAGUGCACGCGCAUCAGUCGAUCUGCGCAGAGCUGCGUGAUGUCGAGCACGCUUUUGUCUUUGAUCCCGUUAUAACUUUUAAUCAAAGCAGGAUUUAUCUUUGAUCUUUGAUCUUUGAUCUUUAACGGAGAACACUUGCUUUCGUUUCGGUCAAACUUGGUGUCGUAACAGCCGCGCGACACACCCUGCUUGUUUACCAAACAGGCCUCUUCCAGAUUAGAACGAGGAGGAACAUAAUGUCAUCAUGCAGAGAUGUUUCCUGAUGCUUCUCCUGCUUCUGGUGACGUCAGUCAGAGGUGUGACGGCUCCUCCCCCUUCCACCGUCAUGGUUGAAGUCGGCGCUGACGCCGUGUUGCCGUGUCACCUUGGCCUCGCCGUAAACCCCUCGACACUGAGAAUGGAGUGCUUCCGCUCGGACCUGACCAGCGACUACGUGUUCGUGUGGGUGGAGGGCAGAGAGCGGGUGAACCAGAAACCCCAGCUGUACCAAGGACGCACGUCUGUGCUGUUUGAUACCAUGAAGCUGGAAGAGGUUUCCCUGAAUCUGGCCAAUGUGACGGCGUUGGACGAGGGGACGUACAUCUGCCGGGUUCCACGGCACGGACGGAGCUGUUCGGUUCAGCUGCUGCCCUACGCGUCGUCGCCGCCGGCGGUCCGCGUGGUCAGGGAAGUGGGAAGUACAGCAGAGUUGUGGUGCAAGUCGGCAGGCUGGCAUCCAAAACCGAAUGUUUCAUGGUUGGACGAGACUGGAAAGCUUCUGCCUGCCGAGUCUGUAGAGACGCUCAGAGAUGCUGACGGCCUCUUCAAGGUCAGCAGCCGAGUCAGCGUGGACAAGAGGUGGAGCCAAAGCGCCACCUGCAGACUCCAGAGCGUCGCCCAGAGCAGAGAGACAUCCGUGCAAAUUCGAGUCCUGACCUGGUACAUGUAUGGAGUCCUGGUUCUUGGUUUGAUUGGCGUCUGUGUGGCUGCAGGAUUCCUGGUUCAAGAUUUCCGACUAAGGAAUCGCAAUGUUCAUGGAAAAGAUGCUAAACUGGAGGUGAACGUUCCGGCGGGUCAAGAAGCUCAGGCGGAGCAGAAAGUCCAGGUCUAACUCCAGACAGAACCACAGAUGUGGACCACACGCUGGGUUAAGGUUUCAUUCACAACCAGUCAAGAACAUGGGAAGUUCCGUUACAGUGACAACUAAAUCUUUUGGUUGAGAAACUUGUGCCUUAAAACAGAAGCCAUGCAGGCGUGUUGCCAAAGCUAAGCUGUGAUUGAUCAGUGACUUUCAGGUGUUGUUCGGUCAGACUUGUUGAGCUGUCUCUCGGUUCAGGAGACGGUCGUCCUCUGUGACUUCAGCUCACUUUUGUGUCCGAACUUUUCAAGUAGCUCUGAAAUCUGGAGCGAUGUGGGUUUCCUAAAAGAUCCUAAAUAUUUUAUAUCCACUCAGUGACAGAAUGUGUUCUGUGAUGGUGCUAGGUUUCAGAAAAAAACGUUUAUUACCGUACUACCUGAAAACCCGAAAGGUGAAGCCGGUUCAAAGAAGAGCUAAAAUGCCUUUCAUUUGAAAAACCUCUUUAUGUUGACGCACCAACACAUUCUCAUCCCUAAGUCGUCACAUAUUGACAUUUGGUUAAAGACCCCCACAUCACUUUUUGACGUUUUGGGUGUCCCUAACUUGUCCUUUUUUGACGUGCUGGCUGUUGAUAAAAUCAAGGGUCCACAACCUGGUGAUGGAAUCGAACUAGUACUAGAUGCAGUACUCUAGGCCGGGUCCUGGGUCUAGGCGGCCGCCUAGGGCACCAUCUACUGGAAGGGGCGCCAAAUCACACUGAUUAUAUAUUAAUUUUUUUGUUUGUUUGUUUCACACACAACUCAUUUCAUGUAAAAAUAAAAAAUAAUAAUUGUAAAACUUAAAUAAAACAACUCAAAAGUUUGAUGUAUUCAAAACUCUGCAGUGCAGCGCCCCUCCCUUCCUGAUGCUGGCGCUGUCUAAGCUAGGCUGGGGGGAGGAGAGGGGCCCGCUGCUGUUUUUCCUUGUUUAAAACUUUAAGGAUGGAAAAACAAACCCUGAGGGACACCAUAAAAGGGAAAAACGGGCUCAAAGCAGAGAUUCGUCUGUUUUACUUAUAUAAAAUUGUUUGGAAAUUGUAUUUUGAUUGAAAAAGACACGUUUAGCUGGUGAUCUAGUGUUUUUUAUGUACACUUUUAACAGUCGAACUCCCCCUACUUUGCACAUAAUUAUUACCUGUAUGGUUGUGCAGUCGCUCCAGCCCAAGCUGUGACAGCUAAUUUAAAGUCCCAGCAAAAUUCUCUUUCUGCCUAGGGUACUACUGGUACUGGACUGGUUCUGGUUCACGGCCUGGAGGUUGUGGACCCUAAUUUUACAACAACCAGCACGUCAAAAUAUAGCGAGAUGGACACACCGAAAACAUCUAAAAUGUCAAUAUGUGACGAGUUGAGAGUGAGAAUGUGUUGGAUGCACAAUGCAAUAUAAUAAUUUGAAUGCAAUGUAGCAAUUUGAAUGUAAACAUGAUACAAGCACAGAAUGAUGGGAAUGGUUUUUGUGGUUUUAAAUUUGAGUAAAGCCCAUCAGCACAGA